AUGGAAAUCAAAAACACCACUCUCCUCUUCUUCUUCUUCUUCUUCUUCUUCUUCUUCCUCCUCUCUUUAUCGUCAGCCUUAGCGAAGAAGCCUCAGGCUUCGAGUGGCUCGACCAUCUUGUUCACAACGCUGGGGAAGCCCACUUUCGAAUUCAACAUCUUCACUCUCUACACGAACACGACCCGUAGUCCUCCGUCGCCUUCCAACGAGCACCGUUUCACCGACAGCAAAUCCAUCAGCUACAACGGCUAUUUCGCUUCUCCUUCGCCGGCACUAACAUCCCUUCUUCCCAAAGAUGCUAAGAUAAACCCGCAAGAUCCGAAUCUCAUGAAUCUCUUCUACGUCACCGAGAGAGACGGCACGCCCAGCUUACAAUACGACAUCGUUCGCGGUGAUAACUCUGGGACUAGCGCUCAGGUUCCAUUGUUUUCGAAGCAGCAGAAAGGCGUGAUUCUGAAUUCGAUGAAAGACACUCCGGUUUUAACCAACGACUAUCUUCUUUACGUCUCGACACACGAGGAUCCGGGUAAGCCCAUGGCGAGUUGGGCCGCCGUCUACUCUACUGGGUUAAAAACUGGGGCGACUCGGCGGUUGACACCGCCUGGAAUCGGGGAUUUUUCACCGGCGGCGUCUCCGUCUGGGAAUUGGACGGCCGUGGCUUCGUACGGAGAGAAAGGCUGGAGUCUUGCGGCGAAGGAGCUUAGUACGGAUAUCUACGUUUUCCUGACUCGGGAUGGGACUCAGCGAGUCAAGAUUGUCGAGCUAGGCGGGUGGCCGAGUUGGGUCGACGAAAGGACUCUGUAUUUCCACCGGAAAAGCGACGACGGCUGGAUCAGCGUGUACCGAGCGAUUUUACCCAAAACCGGACCGGUUUCGACCAAAUCGGUAACGGUUCAACGAGUCACACCACCGGGUAUUCACGCGUUCACACCCGCCACGUCACCGAACAACAACAACUUCAUCGCGGUGGCGACGAGGAGGCCAGGAAGCGAUAUCCGCCACGUGGAGCUUUUCGACUUGAAGAAGAACGCGUUCGUCGAGUUGACUCGUCUAGUAUCGCCGAAGAGUCACCAUUUCAACCCGUUUCUCUCUCCGGACUCGUCCCGAGUCGGAUACCAUAGCUGCAGAGGCGACGCAACUGGACGGAAAACUCCUCGGAAUAUCCUCCAAAACAUCAAAACAACUUCGAGUGACCUCUCUCUCUUCAGAUUCGACGGUGCGUUCCCUUCUCUCUCGCCGCAAGGUGACCGAUUCGCCUUCGUCACUUUCACCGGCGUUUUCGUGGUGAAGCCAGACGGUUCUGGUCGGCGUCAAUUGCUCCCACAAAUGGGAUUCGGAACAGUUUGGGAUCCAAUUCGAUCGGGAAUCGUCUACACAAGCUCAGCCCCCGCCUUAGUUCCAGGGAAAACUCAGAUCGAUAUUCUCGCCAUCAACGUCGAUGAUCCCAAUCCGUCAACCGCCGUAAAAAAACUAACGACUACCGGCCAGAACAACGCCUUCCCGUGGCCAUCGCCUGACGGCAAACGGAUUGUUUUCCGUUCUGCUCGGUCCGGUACCAAAAACCUUUACAUAAUGGACGCCGAGAAAGGUGAAAGCGGUGGUUUGUUCAGGCUAACGACCGGAAAUUGGAACGACACGAUAGCCACGUGGUCCCCAGACAAUAAUUGGAUUGUGUUCGCAUCGAACCGGGAAUUCCCCGGUACGUUGUUGAUGAAUUUGUACGUGGUUCACCCGGAUGGGACCGGUUUAAGGAAGUUGGCGCAAAAUCUGACCGGCGGUGUAUCCAUGCAUCCGAUGUUUAGUCCCGACAGCAAGAGAAUCGUGUUCACUACUACUUACGCCGCACACUCGGCGGAGCCAAUCGGCAAUCCGCAUUUCAACGUUCCGAGCAGUGAAAUUUAUAUGGUGAAUUUGGACGGGUCUGGUUUGAGGAGGCUGACGCACAACUCGGUGGAAGAUGGACCACCGAUGUGGUACACGAAGAUCAAGGCUACUGGUGACGUGACGUGGCCCAAGAGGUUUGGGCCUAGUUGCUCUUUUGAAGAUUUCAAGUCGCAAAAUCCGACCGUGAAAGUGAGUAAGCGCGCAAUGAUGUGUGUUCCUUCACAGUGA